GAGGAGCCUGAACUCCUUUUAGGCCUUUUAAAGGCUUCUCUGAACACCACCUUCGUGAGUGAUGUGCCCGCGUGGCUGACAGGCGGACCACUGCUGUCUUGAAGCCUGGAGACCCCAAAGAAUUCGGGGUGUGAUUUGAGUGAGGAGCCGGGAGGGCCAGGGAACCCGGGUGCUGCUAGCCGCUUAGAGCCCCUUGGGUCUGGAGGGACAGUUGGAGGGCGGAAGCGGGACUAAAGGGCCCAAGUUGGGCCAGCCUUUUGGGGGUCCCCCGGCCCCCGCAGUCCUGGCCGACUGACUGGCAGAAGCUCUUCUGACCACAGUCCCUGAUCUCCGUCAGAAAUGGGGAACGUGCAGUCGGAGCCGUCCACAGGUGGGGGCUCCCGAAAAGAGCAGGCCUCGGACCGCGCCUCGGACUCCCGCCGGACGUCCCUGGUAGAGCCCGAGGGGACCCCCCCGUCCCCGGCCAUGCGCCUGGCUCGGGGGCUGGGCGUCUGGUUCCCUGGCAGCUCCGCGCCCCCGGGCCUCCUGGUACCCCCGGAGCCGCAGGCCUCACCCGCGCCCCUGCCCCUGACCAUAGAACUGCCCUCACCAGUGACGCCCCCUUCAGAGGCGGCGGCAGCAGCCGCGGUGUCCACACCACCCCCGGCCCCUGUGGGGACCCUGCUGCCCGCGCCGUCUAAGUGGCGAAAACCCACGGGCACCCCGGUAACCCGGAUCCGCGGGCUGCUGGAGGCGAGCCAUCGCGGCCAGGGCGACCCUCCGAGCCUCCGCCCACGGCCGCCGACGCCGCGGCCACUCACCCUAGAGGACCCCAACUUUGUCCCGAGGGUUUCAUCCCCGACUCCGCCGCCCCUGGAGCCGCGGAAGCCGCCGCCGCAGCCGCCGCCUUCUUCCGACCGUCAGACCCCGGACCGCAGAAUCGCGCCCGCUCUGGCCACACCUGCCAAAGCCCCUCCGGAGGGCCAGCCCGGGCCGGGCGCCGAGACCCCGACGGCCGGCGGGCCCCGCCGAGGGACGCUCCCGCAGGCGGGCGAGGGCGAGAUGGCCCGGGCCGCGGCCUCCGAGUCCGGCCUGAGCCUGCUGUGCAAAGUCACCUUCAAGUCGGGGCCCCCGCUGGCUCCCCCCGCGCCGUCCAGCUCCUUGCCGGCCAAAGCCUCGCUCGGGGGCGCGGGCGCCGGAGGCCACUUCUCCGCCACCUCGGGGGCCAUCUCCUACGCUGAGGUCCUCAAGCAGGGGCCCCUGCCACCCGGGGCCGCCCGUCCGUCGGGAGAGGCCCCGCGGGGGGCUCAGGAAGCCGAGGGCGGCGACGGAGACGGCGAGGGGUGUUCCGGAGCCCCCGCGGCGCCUGCAUCCCACACCCGCACCCUCCCGCCGCCUCCCUACACCACCUUCCCAGGCUCGAAGCCCAAAUUCGAGUGGGUGAGCGCUCCCGAUGGGCCCGAACGCCACUUCCGCUUCAACGGCGCGGGCCGGGGCUCCGGGGUGCCCCGACGGCGCGCGGCCGCGCUCUCCGGGCCCUGGGGCUCGCCGCCGCCGCUGCCGGGGCGCACGCUGCCGGCCCCCGCGCCCCGGCGGCCCGCGCCCGCCCUGCUGGCGCCGCCCAUGUUCAUCUUCCCGGCGCCCACCAACGGCGAGCCCGUGAAUCCCGGGGCCCCCGGCCCGCAGGAAUUGCCGCCGCCGCCGCCCACGCCGCCGCCCGCGCCGCCGCCCGCACCGCCACCCGCGCCGCAGCCGCCCGAGCUGCUGCCCACGCCGCUGCCGGUGGCGCCCGCGCCCACCCCGGGUCCCGGCCACUUGGAGUCGGGCCUCGCUCCUGCGCCGGCGCCCGCUCUGCCCCUCGCCUUGGCCGCAGACCAGGCUCCAUCCCCAGCGCCAGCGCCAGCACCAGCGGCAGCUCCAGAGCCAGCUCCAGAACCAGAUCCCAACGUAGCUGAGCCCUCGGCGCCUGCACCCGCGCCGGCCAAGACCCGCACGCGCAGGAGCAAAGGUUCCCGCGCGGCCCGGGCCGCGGCCCGUGAGGAAGGCGCUCCUGGCGAUGGUCCUCGGGGACGGACUGCAGCCACAGAGGACGGCGGUGGAGGAAGUGGCAGCGGCGGGGCUGCUCCGGCCGGGACCGCGAAAGCGGGCACCACCCGCCACUGGCCACCCUUCCAGGUGCUUAACUCUUGUCCCUGCAAGUGUUACUGUCGUCACCAGCCGCGCCAUCGCCGUCUACCUCGGAACGUGUCUGCCUGGCUGAGCACACCCACCAACCACCUGAGCGAGCCGCCCUGGGUCGCCACCAUCAAGCUGGCUGGCUCUCUGGUAGCCGGGCUGGAGCAUUAUGACUUACAGGCCACUCAUUCCAACUGA